CAGACUUUCAAAGUCCGUUACAAUUGUAAUGCAUUCCAUUGUGUUGCAACUUCUCGCUGCGCGGAGAACCUUCGAAAUGAUGGCUCGAAUUAGGAAAUGAUUUUCUGUAAAGUUGAUCGGUAGCCAUUUCUCCUCCAAAUGAGGUUGGUCUCUUGCCCUAGUUGGACAGUCCCAAUGCAGGACGUGCGAUUUGUCAGUUUCACAUGGCUUUGGCGUUGACGUCAGGAGGGAAAUUGCAAGUGGGAGCAGAGAGCUUGGGCGAGCGUUGGGCUGCGUUCGUGGAUUGAAGUGAGAGGUAGCGGGGGGGAAAUCGCUCGGCUCCAUCGGCCUGGCCUAGCCCAGCUUCGCUCGGUCUCGACCGGCAGGGCACAUAGUCCCCUCGAGAGAAUCAGCUCCCACGCACCAUCGAGGAGCGGGGCAAGCAACCUACUUCUACAGAAUCUCUGCGCCGCAUUUUAGACCGGAUUCCGAGUGGAAGCUAUAUCGUUUGUGAGUGGGCAGUAUGAAAACACUUUCGGCUGCUUCAUUCAUCCUUCUCUCAUCAAUUAAUUAUGGAUAUUCGCAGAACUCAAGCAACCCUAUUUCGGACAGGGGUUGUGGAUUAAACCUCCUUCCACACUAUCUGAACCUCUGCAGCUUGGAUGUAAUAUGGGGCAUAGUUGUGGAGGCGGUGGCAGGCGCCGGAGUGCUCACUGCAUUCUUGUUGAUGCUGAUCCUUCUGGUGAAGUUACCAUUCAUUAAGGACAAAGAAAAGAAGAGUCCUCUGGGAAUCCAAUUCCUGUUUUUGUUUGGCACACUUGGGCUGUUUGGACUGUCAUUUGCAUUUAUCAUACCAGAAGAUGAAAGAACAUGUCCUACAAGAAGAUUUUUAUGGGGAGUUCUGUUCGCACUCUGCUUUUCAUGCUUAUUAGCCCAGGCGUGGAGACUCCGUCAACUGGUACAGCAUGGCAAAGGCCCUUCAGGGUUGCUAUUGGCUGGCAUUGCAAUCUGCCUCAUGCUGGUUCAAGUUAUUAUUGCAGUUGAGUGGUUGAUCUUAACCAUUGUCAGGGAACAAAAACCUGCUUGCAGAUAUGAGCAGAUGGACUUUGUCAUGGCAUCCAUCUACGUUAUGUUCCUAAUGGCUGUUACUUUUUCCCUUUCUUUCUUCACCUUGUGUGGAAAGUUCAAGAAAUGGAAGAAGAAUGGAACCUGUGUUAUUCUAACUAUGUUCUUUUCCAUCUUGAUUUGGGUUGCAUGGAUUGUCAUGUACCUCUACGGCAACAGGGAACUGAAAAAACAACCUCUGUGGGAUGAUCCUGCCCUCUCCAUUGCACUUGUUUCUAAUGGAUGGAUAUUUCUAAUUUUUCAUGCUAUCCCAGAAGUCCAUUGCUCAAUUGUUCCAUCAAAACAAAACACACCAGAUUACUUUGAUGCAGUUCAGCCAAGAAUACGAGAGACUAACUUUGAAGAAGAAUUGCAACUUCCACGUACUUACAUGGAAAACAAGGCUUUCUCCUUAGAUGAAUCUGGAGCAGCAUUUAAAUCUGGAUUUCGCAAUGGGAGUCUGGGACAUAGACCCAACAUUCAGCUUCGGAGUAACGUUUACCAACCCACUGAAAUGGCAGUUGUACUUAAUGGUGGAAAUAUCCCAUCUGCUCCUCCAAGCUAUGCAGGAAGACAUCUUUGGUGAACGCAAAACUGUUAGAGCUGUAAGCAAAUUCCAGCUGUUCAUGGUGAAAAAUCAGUACAAGUGGAAGCUUGUGGUAGUGAAACCAGUAUAAGCU